UUGCAGACGAGAAGAACAUCCUGCACAUCAUGGUGAAGGUGGUGAAGGGCCACCGGCCCGCGCUGCCGCCCGUCUGCCGGCCCCGGCCCCGCGCCUGCCGGAGCCUCAUCCGCCUCAUGCAGCGGUGCUGGCACGAGGACCCGCGGGCCCGGCCCACCUUCCAGGAAAUCACCUCCGAGACCGAGGAGCUGUGCGAGAGGCCCGACGACGAGCUGGGAGACGCGGCGCCCGCGCCUGCCGGGAAGGCCCCCGUGGAUCCCGCCGGCCAGGCGGCGCCCGCGUCCACGCAGCUCCAGCGCGCCUCCGCCCCCGCCUUCGACAAGGACUGCAGCCUCUCGGAGCUGCUGUCGCAGCUGGACUCCGGCAUCUCGCAGACGCCCCAGGGCCCCGAGCAGCUCAGCCGCAGCUCCUCCGAGUCCAAGCUCCCGGCGUGCGGCAGCGGCAAGCGGCUCUCGGGCGUGUCCUCCGUGGACUCGGCCUUCUCCUCCAGGGGCUCGCUGUCGCUGUCUUUCGAGCGGGAGCCUUCCACGGGCGACCUGGGCGCCACGGACGUGCAGAAGAGGAAGCUGGUGGACGCCGUGGUGUCCGGGGACACGAGCAAGCUGAUGAAGGUGCUGCAGCCGCAGGACGUGGACCUGGUGCUGGACGGCGGCGCCAGCCUGCUGCACCUGGCCGUGGAGGCCGGCCGGGAGGAGUGCGUCAAGUGGCUGCUGCUCAACAACGCGAACCCCAACCUGACGAACAGCAAGGGCGCCACGCCGCUGCACGUGGCCGUGGAGCGGCGCGUGCGGGGCGUGGUGGAGCUGCUGCUGGCCCGCAAGAGCAGCGUCAACGCCAAGGACGAGGACCAGUGGACGGCGCUGCACUUCGCCGCGCAGAACGGGGACGCGGGCAGCGCGCGGCUGCUGCUGGAGAGGAGCGCCUCGGCCAGCGAGGUGGACUUCGAGGGCCGCACGCCGCUGCACGUGGCCUGCCAGCACGGCCAGGAGGACAUCGUGCGCAUCCUGCUGCGGCGCGGCGUGGACGGGGCCCUGCAGGGCAAGGACGCGUGGGUGCCGCUGCACUACGCCGCCUGGCAGGGCCACCUGUCCAUCGUCCGGCUGCUGGCCAAGCAGCCCGGGGUGAGCGUGAACGCCCAGACGCUGGACGGGAGGACGCCGCUGCACCUGGCCGCCCAGCGGGGGCACUACCGCGUGGCCCGCGUCCUGCUGGACCUCCACUCCGACGUCAACGUGUGCAGCCUGCGGGCGCAGACGCCCCUGCACGUGGCGGCCGAGACCGGGCACACGAGCACCGCCAGGCUGCUCCUGCACCGCGGCGCCAGCAGGGAGGCCGUGACCGCCGAGGGCUGCACCGCCCUGCACCUGGCGGCCCGCGGCGGACACCUGGCCACGGUCAGGCUGCUGGUGGAGGAGAAGGCCGACGUGCUGGCCCGCGGGCCCCUGAGCCAGACGGCGCUGCACCUGGCCGCCGCGCACGGGCACUCGGAGGUGGUGGAGGAGCUGGCGAGCGCCGAGCUCAUCGACCUGGCCGACGCGCAGGGCCUCAGCGCCCUGCACCUGGCCGCCCAGGGCAGGCACGCUCAGACCGUGGAGACGCUGCUCAGGCACGGCGCCCACAUCAACCUGCAGAGCCUCAAGUCCCAGGGCGGCCACGGCCCCGCGGCCACGAUCCUGCGGCGCAGCAAGACCUAGCCCGCUGCCCGGGAGGCUGGGGUCUGUGUGGGCCUCUUGUCCUGUGGUCGUGAGCAGACCUAGCCCGCUGCCCAGGAGGCUGGGGGUCUGUGCGGGCCUCUUGUCCUGUGGUCGUGAGCCGCGUGGGGGCCGGAAGGUGCCGGGCUGGGCGCUCGGCUUGCCCUGCUGUGGCUUUGCCAGAACAUGGACCUAGCGCACGGCGAGGGGCGUGGGCGCUGGCCGGGGGCGCGUUGACCAAAGCCAGCCGGGACACUUGUGGCCACGGACCCACCUGCCCGUCAGGGUGCCUGGGGUCGGAGGACGAUGGGUCCCAAUGGUUUCCUGCUGGCGCGGCCCUGGGGUGGCCGCCCCAGCGCCCGAGGGGAGCCGCCUCCCACUGCCCACCGUGAGGGAAGAGGUGUGGGAAGAACUGUCUCGGAAGGUUCCUGGUUUACGGAAUCCCUUGGAGUAGGGGACCAGAGAGCAGCUGUCGCCGGAUACCCGGAUGACACUGGUUCCCAUCGCCCGGGGGUAUCGCCAUGCGGGACGAAGCACCAGGGCUGACCUUAAAGCCGUCUGCCCGAUCGCCCACCCCGUGGUGAGUCCACUUGCUGUGGGUCAUUUCCUGUCACCUGAAACAGCUUUGGACCCCGGGACCACGUGUGGGAUUCGCUGAAGGCUCCCGUGCAGCCUGGGCCCUGGACCGAGAGCCGUGUGCUCAGCUGGGCGCCCUCUCAUCCGCCGUCUUCUAGUGCUUGAUCUGUGGCCAAGUGGGGGCCUGGAUGGAGGGGGAGGGGGGCCUGGAUGAAGGGGGAGGGAGCCCGGAUGGAGGGGGAGGGACUGCUUUCUGACCCACUUUGCCAACAGCUGUCCCGUGCAUCCUGGCCGGGCAGGUGGGGCGUGGCCCGAGGCACCCGGGAGCCGGGCGGAGUGGGAGAUGGGGCCGAGUCUCUUGGCCGUGCAGUCACACGGGGCCUCCUGACCACGUACUCGGGCCAGUGCUCUGCAGGACGUGGCCUGGUGCGUGGCACAGAGAAAGGUGCUGUGGAUGCUCUCGUGAGCCCGUGGGCGGGGCUGUGCGUCCCUGCAACAGGAAGUCCCCGCCCCGUGCAGCCUCGCGAGGCCAGACAGCACUCUGAAAGAUGUCAAUAAAGCUAAGGACUGGUCUGUUGUUUUGAA